UUGGUCCGUCCUCUGCUGCUUUCCCAGGUGCAUCAGCAGGGAGCUGCACAGGAAGUGGAGCAGCCCGGACUCGAAUUGGUGGCUCUGUGGGGUGCUGGUAUUGUGGGUGGCGACUGUUGCCCUGCAGGAGUGGUGGGCCCCAAGCCCACUUGGGUGAAAUUAAGCUGAGAUGCUCUGGAGCUCUUGUGGUCUGCACUGCCUGUGUGCUGGAUAACAGAUGGGCGUUCUGGCUUGGGCCCUAGGGAUGCUGAGGCAUCGAGAAUCUGCCCUGUGAGCUGCAGAGGAACUUCCAGCUGAUGCGGGAGCUGGACCAGAGGACGGAAGAUAAGAAAGCAGAGAUUGACAUCUUGGCUGCCGAAUACAUCUCCACAGUGAAGACGCUGUCAGCUGAGCAGCGUGUGGCACACCUGCAGAAGAUCCAGAAUGCCUAUAGCAAGUGCAAGGAGUAUAGCGAUGACAAGGUGCAGCUGGCCAUGCAGACCUACGAGAUGGUGGACAAGCACAUCCGGAGGCUGGAUGCAGACCUGGCACGCUUUGAGGCAGAUCUAAAGGACAAGCUGGAGGGUAGCGACUUUGAGAGCUCAACAACCCGGGGGCUGAAAAAAGGUCGGGGUCAGAAGGAAAAGAGAGGCUCCCGGGGGCGUGGCCGGAGAACCUCUGAAGAAGACACCCCCAAGAAGAAGAAGCACAAGGGAGGGUCUGAGUUUGCAGACACCAUCCUGUCCGUUCACCCCUCUGAUGUGUUGGACAUGCCUGUGGACCCCAAUGAACCCACCUACUGCCUGUGCCACCAGGUGUCCUAUGGGGAAAUGAUCGGCUGUGACAACCCAGAUUGUCCCAUUGAGUGGUUCCACUUUGCCUGCGUGGACCUCACUACGAAGCCCAAAGGAAAAUGGUUCUGCCCAAGGUGUGUGCAGGAGAAGAGGAAGAAGAAAUGAGGAAAGGCUGGGCCAUGGAUGGAAAGAUGGGUGUAUCUUUCACUCACGUUGCAAUAUUGUUUUUGGUUUUAAAGCUACCUUGUUUCCACUGAUAAUUAGUAACUCAAUGGCUGCUUCUGGAUCUUUCUGAA